GGUAUUCACUAAUUAACAAAUGCGACGAAAAGCCUAUUUCCUGAUAUCUCUAAUCCUCUUCUCACUCAUCCCACCGAUAGAGCUCCGACGCGGAGGCGGAGGUGGGCUUGGCGGCUCACGUGGCGGUGGUGGAUCCCGUGGAAGUAGUGGCGGUGGAUUUGGAAGCCGAGGAUCGUCGGGAGCACGAACAUCUUCUGGAGGUGGUUGGCUCGGUGGUGGCUCGAAAACUAGUGGAGCUGGAAGAAAUGAUUACUCAAGGGGUACCAACUUGGGAGCCAACACGAAUCGGGGAUCAAAUAGCGGUGGAGGAUGGAAUUCACACUCGAAUACCGGAGGAAACUGGAAUAAUAAUAAUCAUGGAAGUAGUAUGAAUACUGGAAGCAAAGGCGGUUUCCUGGGCGGUUUAUUCGGCCGAAAACACGGUCAAUCGUCCCACCAAACGGGUUACGGUACCCGUAGUCGUUGGGGUGGCGGAGGUUCCAGAUGGACAAAUUCCGGUUUGGGAUCGCGAUCUCGAGGAAGUACAUUUAAAAAUAUGGUUGUUGGAGCUGCCGCCGGAUACUUGACGUAUCAAGCAGGAAAGGCUAUCAUCAGAGCAGCAGCCGGACCAAUGAUGUGGAACAAUCGCCCCUACUAUUGGGGUUCGAACUACUAUCGGCAGAGCCCGGGGCACACGAAUAUGUGUCGAAUGCCGAUUGAGUCAGGAGAUCAACAAUUUGGAAAUGUUUAUUUCCAGGACAACUCCCGACCGCGAGAGAUUACAUGGGGCUGCGGAUACUACGAGUAUUGCUGCGGCUACGAGUGCUGUCGAGGCGGUGGAGCAACAUCGGAUCGAAUCGGCGGACGCGGAACGUCACUUGGGUACGCGUUGGUCAUCGGUUUCUUGGCUAGACGAUUGAUGUUCUGAAAAAGAGAGAAUGCUAUAUUGUCGACAAAAUCGGAAUUCAAUGAUCAGCUUUCACCAACAGCUCAACAAUUUCUCAAUUCGGGUUCAUUUUUGUGUAUUUUCUGCAGAAUUUAAUGUAAAAAAUAAAUAUUUGCACUUU